AUGGAUGUGUGCAUUUUCUGCCGAAACCAAACUGAUGACGAGAUCCGAUUUGGAAAAAUUCUCAAACUAGAUAAGAUUACAGUUCAUCAACAUUGUAUGUUUUUAUCGCCAGCUCUAAUUCAGAAUGGAGCCGAGCAUGAAGGUCUAAUGGGGUUUUUACCCCGAGACCUUCUUAAAGAAACAAGAAGGGCGGCAAAAUUGACAUGCAGUUUCUGUAAAAAGAAAGGAGCGUCACUAGGGUGCGAAGAGCGGAAGUGCUCAAAAAAAUUUCAUCUUCCGUGCGGACUAAAAAAUGGUACACUACACCAGCACUUCGGGGAGUACCAUUCGUUUUGCCAUAAACAUCGCCCGAAGCAGGAUCCGCCAGACAACCUACAGAACCCUGGCGACCCAAGCAGUAACUGUGUUAUAUGCUUGGAGGAAGUGAAGCCAUCGGACGACAAGCUAUAUGCUCCUUGUUGUAGGAAGGAGGCUUGUUUCCAUCGAAACUGUAUUCAGCAAACAGCUCUUAGUGCUGGAUAUCAGUUCCGCUGUCCUCUUUGCAAUAAUGAAGAGGAAUUCGUCCUAAUAAUGAAGAAAUUUGGAAUCUAUGUCCCUUCCCAUUAUAGGGACGCUGCAUGGGAGCAGGAGACCAAUGCAUUUGGUGAACUGCUGGUGAGGCACAGGACCUGUGACAGCAGAAAUUGUGCGUGCCCCACCGGAAGACAAACUAACAACAGAAAUACUAAGUGGGAGCUCAUUCUGUGCCAGUUCUGUGGUUCCCAAGGAGUCCACGUAAGCUGUGGAAAACUGGAAAGUAAAAAUCCCACAUUUUCCUGCUCAAUUUGUUUACCACGAGAAUGAGGCUGGAAAACACAUAUUUUUCAAAAACAAAAGACUAUAACAGAAAUAUGAGACUGUGAAGUGGGACUUACCAAAUAAUUGUUUUAUGUUUUUUUUUGUUUGUAGUGUUAAUAAAUUAUUUUAUGUAUGAAUGGUCUUUGAGGUUCCUGAGGCUCAAAAGCUCCAAUAGUAAAAUAUUUUAAUUAGUGAUGGGUCGGUUGCUGAUUUUAUUGGUUCGGUUUCGGUAAGGUUUUUUUAAAUAUCGGUACUCGCUCGUCAGUUAUCCCCCUUUAAAUUACUUAUUUAAAUAAAA